AUAAUAAUUAAUAUUUCUUUACCUAAUUAUCUUAAUAUUAAUAUAACAUAAAAGAUUCUUUUCGUAUUCUUGAAGUAACCUACAAACUGGCGCUCCAAUAACUAGGAUCCAUUGUUUACAUUUAAAUAACUCAGUAUGAAUUAGUUUUAGAUAACAAGGUCACAUGUCUAAAAAUAUUUCUUUGGUAACGCAUUGAUGAAAUCCUCUUUAAAUUGUGCGUCAAGCUGCAGAAAAGCGUGGGACAGGAAAGGUGUAUUCUAAGAUUGCUACUUGAAUGAAGAGGCCCAGGCUGAUAUAAUGAAUUUUAAAGUCUUAUUAAUUGUUAUCACUCUUAAGUUGAUACCCUAUACAAUCGAACAUGAAGGGCCUAAAAGUCUAGGAAUUAAUUCAGCAGAUAAAUUGGCAGCAUUGUACAGUAACAUAAACAAUCCUGAGCAGAUUCACUUAGCUUUGGGUGACACGUCAAAUGAUAUUAUUAUUGUGUGGUCUUCAGUUGAAGAAGAGAAAUUUUUUGUUGAGUUUGGGAAUGACCCUAACCAUUUAGAAAGGGUUUUAAGCAGAUGUGAAAAAAUGAGUGAACACAGUGAACAGGCUGCUAAAUUUGUUUACAGAGCACAGCUAAUUAACUUGAAGCCUGGGACCCGCUACACUUACCGCAUCCUCAGUGAAAAUUCAAAAAUUAAAUCUGACUUGUUUACCUUUGAAGUUGUAGGUAGUGACCCUAGCUCAUCUAAUUAUUUCUUGGUAAUGGCAGAUUUGGGACUUCAAACUAAAUCUCUUAGUUUUAUUGUACAUGAAGUGUUAAAUCAGAAAUAUAAUGCGGUUUUUCACAUAGGAGACAUUGCUUAUAAUUUGAACACAGAAGGAGGAAGUUUAGGAGAUCAGUUUAUGAAAAGAGUUGAAACAUUUACAGCAAAAGUACCUUACAUGACAACACCAGGUGACCAUGAGAGAUUUGAUUCUUUUUAUCAUUAUCGGUAUAGGUUUUCCAUGCCAAAUUCUCCUUGGCCAAUGUCACUAGAAAGCCUUUGGUAUAGUAUAGACAUUGGCUAUACUCACUUCAUCAGUAUUAACACAGAGGCCAUCCUGACCAAUUCUCAAGAGAAAUACAAACAGAUUGAGUGGUUAAAAAGAGAUUUAGAAUCUGCUAACAAACAGCGCCAACUCCACCCAUGGAUUAUUGUCAUGGGCCAUAAGCCAAUGUACUGUACCAAAUCUUUGAUGGAGCAAGAAUGUCAUAAAGAACACUCUGCUAUUAGAGAAGAGCUGGAAGACUUGUUUUUUGAGCAAGGUGUAGACCUUUAUAUUAGUGGACAUAAACACUGCUAUGAGAGAUCAUGGCCUAUGUAUUUAAGCAGAGUAUUUCAGACUAACACCUUUAAUCCUCAAGCACCACUCUAUAUUGUUAUUGGAGCCAUGGGAUAUGAAUAUAUGGUAGAUAAACAAAUGUCUUCACCUUACUGGCUUGCUUUUGCUAUGUCAAAUAGUAAAAAAGAACUUUUUGCAAGACUGAAAGUGCUAAAUGAAACACAUCUUAUUUGGUCAGUGCAUGCUGGUGACACCAAUGAAGAAGUUGACAAUGUGUUAGUUAUACAAAAGAAACAUGGCUCAUUUGGAAAGGCUGGGCCUGAAGCUUUUGAAAAAAUUAAAACAAGAAGCAGUAAUGCUGAUCAGUUACCACCAGAGCCAUUGAGAAUCAUAGAUGAGACUUCUCAAAACUUUCAGUAUAGAAGAGCUAUUCUAUUUACAACUGUUUUUUUUCUUUCCUUCAUAACUUUUAUAUUUUUUAGAAAUUCACGAGUAAGAAAAGUUUUGAGAUUAUAAAAAGAAGUUUUACUCUAAUAAUAGGUUAUUUAAUUAUUUAAGAUUUAUAAUAAUAGUUUGUGUGUUACUAAAUGCUACUGCCAAUUUGCAUACCAUUAGGAAAAGCUGCCGAUUUUUGCAUUACAACUCUCAGAAAAAUUGAGUAAUUUCUGUUCUUACUUGAAUUAUUUUAUUACCGCCAAUUAAUCAUAAUGUUUGAAAAAUUGUUAAGUUCAUUCCACAAAUGCAAUUCUUUUAUGCAUUAAAUGUACACAAUUUGUAAAUAUGUAAUUAGGCUACAAAUAGUUGAAAUGGCCAUGGGACAAAUUCAUGAAUGAAUGUGUUUUCAAUUAAUUCCAUAAGUUAUAAUAGUAAAACUAACUGUAAGUAUUAGCUGGUUUUCUGGGAAUUUAUUUUCUAGUAAUUAAAACCAAAAGUGCCUUUUGAAUUGUUAUUUUUAUGUAUAAUUAAAAUAAUUUUUUUUAUAUCAAGAAAUUAACCCUGCUUUAUGUCUAUAGACAGGUAAAAAUACUUUUUUUUACAACAUUGAAUAUUUUAUAUCUUAAAGGAUCUCACUUCACAAAUUAUCUUUAUAUUUAAAGACUAUUUAGAAUAUUCUUCUCUCAGAAACUAUUUUACUUCAGUUUUUUUAAAAACAUAAUGGUUCUAAUUUAUUAUCUAUUGAUGUAUAAAAUAAGGUUAGGAACGUAUGCAAUUGAAUCUGUUUAUGCUUUAUGUUUCUACACUGUUUCUUCUGUUGGAUGUUAUUGUUCACAAGUAUUACAGUAAAACAAACAACAGGAAUGUCAAUGUAAAUUUGAUUUGAAAUUUUUUUUAAAUAUGUGGGCCUAUUUUAUAUAAAUUAUUUUGAGGUUGUGAAUAAUGUUUUAAAGGUUUCUAUUAAACUUAUUUUUGUAUUUAAAAAAUAGCAAAUGAUUUUUCAUGAGUGUUUAACUCUUUUCAUAAAAUGGAAAGAAUACAAUAGACUAGCAAUCUAAGAGCCUUUUGUAUUUAAAAAAAGUUAAAUAUUUUAAUAAAAUAAAAUCUUAAUACACCAUUAACUUUACGCAUGAAAAUACUUAAUUAAAGGGGAUUCAAAAGGUUAAAGGAGACUCAAAAGUGUGACGACCUACAGCUUUUUAAGCACAAAAAUGUGAUCUGGGGGACAAGCUUAUGUCAGGGCAUUCUUAAAACUUGGGAAUAUUUUCCAGAGAGAAGAAUAGUAAGUUUUUAGUCCAAUUCUAAAACAAAAAUUCAUAAACAAUUUGAUACAAAUAUGACACAUACACUUAAUACAGUACACAGCCGCUUACCCAACAGACAACUAAAAAAAUGGACAGAAAGCUUCAUGAAAAAAAACAACACUUGAUAACCCACUGGUAGAUUAAACAGACCAUUUUCUUAAGACACAAAGUUUAGUUUUUAAUGAAGAAAAGAAGAGAUUCCAACUAAUUUAGUUAACUUUUGUUUAUUGUAGUUCAAAUAUUACGUGGUUAUGACGAAAUAUAAAACAUUAACUAAUCCUAUUGAUAGAAUAAUACUUUAAAAUUUUAAUACUGUAUUAAGUAUAGAUUUUUAAAAAUGCCAUUAUAUGAAA